CCCACAGUGGUGAAGCGUUUCCGCCAAGAUGGUUGUUGGUGCCUUUCCUAUCGCCAAGCUCCUCUACCUCGGAGUAAGGCAGAUGAGCAAGCCCGUGGCGAACCGGAUAAAAGCAGGAGCCCGGAGAAGCGAGUUUUUUAAGAAUUACAUCUGUCUGCCGCCAGCACAGCUCUACCACUGGAUUGAGAUGAGAACAAAGAUGCGGAUCAUGGGCUUUCGUGGUGCCACCAUUAAGCCACUAAAUGAGGAGGCAGCUGCAGAGCUGGGAGCCGAGCUGCUGGGAGAAGCAAUCAUCUUCCUCAUCGGUGGCGGUUGCAUGGUGCUGGAGUACAGCAGACAGGCUACAAACUCACGUCGUAAAGAAGAUGAGCUGAACGCAACCAUCACAGAACUACAGACUCAGAUAGCAGAACUAACUUUAACUACAGAGACUCUAGAUGCUCAGCUGAGAGAGGUCAACAGACUACUGGUUUCCUUUCCUACUCCUUCCAAAAAGUGAUUAAUGAGCUAUAUGCAACAUUUGUUGUUCUGUGUGUGUAGAAUGAGAGUGCACUAAAGUUGCACUACUAUAUGCACAGCCUAAUACCAGCCCUGCAUCACACACUGUCCUUUGCUCUUAAAUUUGGGUGGAAGACGUGGACAGAAGCAUACUGGUGCGCUGUGGAUUUGGGUUCUAUCAUUAGCUCAAGUUUUGAGCAAAUAUUUGUAAAGGGGAUUGCUAUGAUAUUCAUAGUGCAUUUCUGUGGUUCAUCUCGCAUGUUCAAUAAACAGCUGACUAAAAAAAAAAAAAAAGUACUGUACAAUGCAAUGGUGACCGCAAUUUAGUUAAUAUACUUGAUAACAGUUCCAGUUGUAAUCAUCUGUUUUCAGUGAUUUGGUGAAUCGUAAUUACUUUGCAGCUUCUCCUAAUUUUGAAUGGCACUAGAUUGCACUGUCUAAUGCCACUCCGAAAUUAGUUUUAUUGCCCUGUAAACUGACAGCAAACGCAAACACUGGGACAUAUCGAUUGACAAUUUUUGAGGGUUUAAUUCAAACAUUUCAUGGAUGUGUCAUAUUGUAUUUAAAUUGCAUAUCCCUUUGCUGGUUCACACACAAGAUGUCAACUGUGGGAUUACAUGUAAUAAACAAAAUGGUAUGUUGUCUGUGA